AUGUGGAAGAUAUCAAGGGUUCUGGUGGCAAUGUUGACGGUCGUCGAGAGGUUCGUGGACCGGAUGGUGUCGUGGCUGCUGAUGUAUGGAGAGGCGAAGCUGAUGCUCGUCCUCUAUCUCCGGCACCCCAGCACAUGGGGUGCGAGGCACGUGUACGAUGGCUUCCUCCGUCCGCUGUUGGCGAGGCACGAGGACAACAUCGACCGAUGCCUGCUGGAGCUGAGGGCCAGGGUGAGGGACGUGACGCCGUCACCGGUGGCUGUCGUCGGUUAGGUGUGGCUCGUCGAGGCUGCCCAGUGUGUUUCGUCGCAGUUGCAGGUCGCGAGAUCAGUUCGGGCAGGCGCCGCACAUUGA